GACGCUGUGGGAGUGGCUUUUCCUUAACUGAAGUUUCCCUUUAAGGGGAAGGACUUUUUGAAUUGAGCAAGUCUUACAUAACACAGCAGGAGUUGUUAUUAAACUUGAGGCCAAGAGGAUCAAAGUCUUUUACGAAGGAAAUCAGGAGCCUAAUAUCAUGGCAGAGAAGCCCAAGCUUCACUACUUUGAUGCCCGGGGCAGGAUGGAAUCUAUCCGGUGGCUCUUGGCUGCAGUUGGAGUAGAGUUUGAAGAGAUACAUAUGAAAACUCGAGAAGACUUGGAAAAGUUAAGAAAUGAUGGAUCGUUGAUGUUCCAGCAAGUGCCCAUGGUUGAGAUUGAUGGAAUGAAGCUGGUGCAGUCCAGAGCCAUUCUCAACUACAUUGCCAACAAAUACAACCUCUAUGGGAAAGACAUAAAAGAGAGAGCACUGAUUGAUAUGUAUGCAGAAGGCAUGGCAGAUUUGAAUGAAAUGAUUCUUAAUAAUGCAUUCUUUGAACUUGGAGAACCAGAGAUAACCAUUCCUCAGAUCAAAGAAAAAGCAAAAACCCGGUAUUUUCCUGCCUUUGAAAAGGUGUUGAAGAGCCACGGACAAGACUACCUUGUAGGCAACAAGCUGAGCAAGGCUGACAUUCUUCUGGUGGAGCUUCUGUACCAUGUGGAGGAGCUGGACCCCAGUGCCAUCGCCAGCUUCCCUCUGCUGCAGGCCCUCAAGACCAGAGUCAGCAGCCUCCCCACCGUGAAGAAGUUCCUGCAACCUGGCAGCCAGAGGAAGCCUCCUGUGGACAAGAAAUGCAUAGAAGAAGCAAAGAAGAUUUUCUUUUAAAUUGAUAAGACAUAGAUGCCAAGCAUAGACAAGACCAGUUCUAACCUCCAGAAAUAAUGAAGUACUUUAAUUAAAUGCUGAUCCUGAUUCUUGUAAGGAAUAAAAGAUUUUUAAGUAUG